AUGACUGUGCCAACACCCAAGUCAACUAGGUUCAUUGCCUGGACUGAGGACGACGUGCCAACCAUCGACAUCAAUGAGGACUUUAAUGCUGUGGUUCAGAAAUUAAGCCACUAUAUUAUCAAAGCGAUUGACGCAGCAUACAACUACGAGCAGCUUCGAACAACUAUAGCGGGCCAUAGUUUGCGACCCUUGGUGUUUCAGCUUGGCGAGGAGUGUCGUUAUCCAGCUAUUAUUGCUGCGUUACUUGCUGCUCGGUACUCCUUUGGGAACAUCUCAGAAGAUCCAAGAUUGGCUGAAAGUCGUGCGCUUGCUUGCGAGUUAGUGGCGUUCGAUCUUGUGUUGACGUUGUCUGAGAAAGAGCUCAUUGAUCAACUGCUGUAUGAGCUACCAGUAACUAGUGAAGAUGAUGAGAUUGUUGGACUCGGUAUCGGUGUCACGACACCAAAUAACCACACCAACAACGAGUCAAGUCCUUUGCUUGAAAACCAAAGACACAAAAUUCACCCCAGUCCACUAAGACCACCCCAGCGACCAAGCAGAGUCUCAACUUUGAGUUCUAACAGCAUACUGACACCCAAGAUUGGCGCUGACCAAGACGACCUUGCAGACGAAAUGGCAGGGUUAAAUGCGCUCGAGAUCGCAGCUGUAGCAAAUUGCAAGAAGUUCAUGUCACAGAAGCCUGUUCAAGCGGUCGUGGAGGAUAUCUGGAACGGCAACAUCAUAUUUUGGGACUCCCUUAGCACAAACGCAAAGAAAAGUGCAAAGAUCUACAACAAGAGAACAGCCGACCCAUUCUCACGCCUCAGGGUCCCCAAAUACCAGAAAGCCUUCCAGGUAGCUUUCUUUAUCGCCUUCCUUGUUCUAUAUUAUGCAGUCCUGGUGCAACGGAACCCUCGAUCAGUAACCGUCACGGAAGUCCUGCUCUACGUUUGGAUCGCGGCAUUUGCUUACGACGAAAUCGUCGAGCUACGAGAUGCUGGCUUUCUCUUCUAUCAGACUGACUUCUGGUCGAUAUGGGACCUCGCCAUUAUACUUGUUGGGCUUGCUUUCUUCAUCACCAGGGUUAUAGGGCUCGUCAAAGACAGUAGUUACAUCACAGAUGUGGCAUUUGACAUCUUAUCAAUGGCAGCACUCUUCCUAGUCCCAAGGAUUUGUUCGGUGGCGUCAUUAAACCCGUACUUCGGCAGUCUUCUACCGGUGCUAAAAGAAAUGACGACCGCUUUUUGCAAAUUUCUGCCCGUCAUACUUAUCCUAUAUCUGGGAUUUUUGACUACUUUCACUAUGCUUGCUCGAGACAGACUCACUCUCAAUGAAGUCAGCUGGCUUUUGAUCAAAGUCUUCUUUGGAUCGAGCUAUCUCGGAUUUGAUGUUGCCGUUCAGAUCUCGCCCAUUUUCGGCUAUACUCUCAUGUAA